GGCUGACGACAACUGAACGAACAAAACAUGUUCUUAUUUGUUUGUUUGAACCCCUGAGUUUCUAAACUUGGAAGACCGUAGCCAUGCUAGCCUAAAGCUGGUGACAAAAGUUAAAACCUUAACAAGAAGGUAAUCAAACAGUGCCAAACAGCCAUCCUUUGAGAAUAGAAAAUCACAAAGCAAAAAGCUAGACGACCCAGUUGCUAGUUACCAGGGAAGACGAGAGGUCGCCGUCCACGUGUUAAAUGUCUCUUUUUCCUAUUCAUCCAUCCACUUACACCUUAGGGACUAAGUAAUUCAUGUAGUAGUGUUCAGUACAGUAUUUUUAAUCAUCUAAGAGUUCAGUGCUAGGUUAGCUUGUUAAGAUAAAACUUCACAUCUUAUAUUUCAUCAUAUAUAAGAACCCAACUCACAACUUGCAAGUAUUUCCCACCAUACAAAUUUUGCUUCUUCUCAUUAUAACUCUCUCUACCUAUAACUUAUAGAUAGAUAGUACCACUGAAUAUGAUACCAAGAGCUAGAUAUGAUCCUCAUGAUCAAGCUGUUAUUACAAUCACAUCACCAAUCUAACUUUGUCUUCCAUUCUUCUCACCAUCACGAUCACAUUCUUCUUUCGUUAAAAUUUCACUAGCUAGCUAGGCUUGAUUUAUGGGUUUCAGUUCAGAACAAGUUGCUUUUAAUGGGUUUGAUUGGACACAGAAUUUGUUACAAUCUAGAGGCCUGGAGUUUUCUAACAACAAUCCUUCUUUGAUUCAGCAACAACAACAGCAGUUUGCACAGCCAUUAAAUUGCCCGCGAUGUGAUUCCACCAACACUAAAUUUUGUUACUACAACAAUUACAACCGAACUCAGCCUCGCCAUUACUGCAAAUCAUGUAAAAGACAUUGGACUAAAGGUGGUACGCUUCGCAACGUUCCCGUUGGUGGUGCGCGAAAAAAUAAACGCCAGAAAACCGACAAGAGCAAGAACAGCAGCAACAAGAAGAAAAGUGUUGUUACUGAUCGCAGAGAAAGGAAAGGAAGCAACAACUUGGUAGCUCAAAUGCAACCACGACAAGAACAAGAACAUGUCCAAGUUUCAAGUUGUGAUUACCAGAGGAUAGAUACUACUUCUGAGUUUCUUUACGAGUCAUUGAUUAAUCCUACGUCGACUACGGCCAGACAGCAGAAUUUUUUUAGUGUUGAAAAUAGUAAUAUCGCUGACGGGAACUGCUUUAUGAGUUCAAGUAGUAUUGAUCCAGGACCAAUACCCGUGUUUCAGUUUGCAAGCUUGAGUUCCCUUGAUCAAAACCACCAACAAAACAAUCCUUCUUUGAAUUCAUCAACAACAUUUAGUAACUGUGGUUUUCAGUCAUCUAGUACUAACGGUUUUAAUUACAGUGGAGAUUCUGCAAGUGUUGAAAGUUCUUCACCGUGGCAAGCACCUAAUACAAGUAAUUUCAUGAAUUCUUCAUCAAUCAAUUGGAGUUGGGAAGAUCUUAAUACACUCGUAUCGCCAGAUUUGAGACAGCCAUGGGAAAAUGAUCAAACACUAGUAAACUCUCUACCUAUUUAACUUGUGUGUUUUAUGAUUAUUAGUAUUUCUCUCUUCUUUUUUUCUGAGAAUAUUACAUAACAUACAUAUAGUUUGUAAUGUGUAUUUUGAUGUUGGUACUUUGGGUUCUGCUGGUAAGAUUUGUCUGUCAUUUUCUAUCUCUGGCUGCCAGUCUUCCUUGUAGAAGAAGCGGGAUGAUAUAAUUACAAGCGUGGGUCUCCUACUGAUUUCACUGAUGAUAUAUAUGAUUUGAUUUUGAUUCAA